UGGGAAGUACGCCUGAGGGAGUUUAGGUGUUAAAUUAGAGGAGACAUGUUGACCCCGUGCUCUCAAGUAGCCGAUCUGCGGAAGACGUCACAAGAAGAAUAACAACAAGAUCAAGAACAAGAUCAUCGUCAUUGUUGCCUUGUUUACCUUUGUCACAGUGCUCCUCCUCCUGCUGUCCGUGUGUAUGUGUGUCUGUGUGUGCGUGUGAGCCUGCCUGUGUGUGUGUGCGUGUGUGUGUGCGUGUGUCUUUUGAAGGCACCUCUCAGGCCGCUGCUGUCUCCUCUGCCUGGAAGGAAGGAGAACAAUUCGUGACAAACAAAUAAAGGAAGGAAGGAAGAAAGAAAGGACAGUGUUGAGUCUCGCAGGUCACGCCAGCGUCUAGUAAACUGUAAAUUUGCUUGCUUCACCUGGCAAUUGUGAACCACCAAGCAAAAACCAAGCCAUCCUAUUGGUCAACAGGGGAUCACCAUCAGCCUUCCCAUUGGCCCAGAGCUUUGUGGAUUGUGAUUGGACGGCUGGCUGGCUGACCUGACCUGACCUCAAUCGAGCCAACAUGAUUUACGUUUUCCUCGUUGACACUGGCACCAUGAUGACCUUUGACAUGAACCUGGCACUAGAGAGUGUUGAGGUGUUGAAGGGUGCAAUACACAAUGCUGUCAAGGUGCCCACAGACAAACAGAUCAGUGAGGGGCUGCUGGAACAAGUGGGGCAAGAGGUCAGCGCUGUGCUUCGAGAGGCAGACCGGCCACAGAUGAAGGAGGUGAAGGGGAUUGGUGAGCGCCUGUGUGGCCUGGAGCAGCUCAUGCAUGAUGCUGCCUACGUGGUGCAGGAGCAGAGCAAUUUCUCACAGGCUCUGUUGAAGAACCAGGACAGGGCAGGGAAGGUGAAUGACCCAUCUAUAUUCCCUGACCUCUGCACUUCACACCGCAAGAAUUUGAUGCACAUGUUGAAAAACCAUCAAAAGCUGCAAGACAUCAAAAGGAGAUGCAUCAAGGCAAAGGAAGAGCUGUCGGAGAAUUUGCACGUUAGAUUGAAGUGGAUAAUGUAUAUAGAGAGGCGCCUGUACGAGGCGGACACGCGCGUCUCCAUGCAUCAAGAGAGUGUUCGGUGCCUGGCUGGACUCCUGCAGGUGGUGGAGCAGAUUCACCGCGCCCCGAGGGUCUAUGCCGCAGCCGUCACGGAGGUGGCUCGCCGGCACGCCUUCUCCAGGGCCUUCCUGCAGUGGGCGUCUGAGCUGAGCAGCCAGAGUGGAGAGGUGUGGAGGCGCGAGGUGGAGGCAAGAAGAGGCUUUUCCCAAGACUUCUCCACCCUCUUCCUAGCCUCUCUCUUUCCUGGUAUGGAAGAUCUGCCCCCUAAUUUUGCAACCUCUCUACCAUCCCAGUUUGACAUGGCUCUCCCUAAGAAGCAGUUGGCCAAAAUAAUAAUGUCAGAAGUAAGACAAAGCUUUGAAGAAAGAACAUCUGUCAUAAAGUGUUACUGGAGGCACGAAAAUGUCAAAGAAGUGCAAAGACAAUUCAGAAGACACUUUGACAGGGAUCCACCAAGGUGACGCACCAUUGCUCGCAUCACAGCUAAGUUUGUACCAGAUGGAACUGUUCACGACCUCCAUAAGCAAGCGUGUGUAGUAGUAGUAGUAGUAGUAGUAGUAGU